UACUCUCUCUAAAUCUCUUGCUUGCUUUCUAUCUUCACUCAGACUUCUCCAAUGGUCACUCAGAUUAAUAUACCAUCAGAUCUUACUGAUGCAGACAAAGCUCUCAUAUUUCAAAUCCUUGAUACUGACUUGAAUUCAAUAAUACUGUACUCUCUAUUAAAUGGAAUAUAUACUGGAAUUGUUGCUGUUACACUUUGGAAUAUCUCUGAGAUAAACACAGUUAUAUACAAAUCACAGUCUAUUGGACAGACUAUGACUGCUAUUAUAAUUCUUCUUUAUAUUUCUAGUACUAUCAACUUUUCCAUCAACUGGUCAAUUAUAAACUCUCAAUUUACCAAUAAUGGUCAGAGUUUUUGGACCAGAUAUCUAUCUGAUUACAAUUUUGGUCAAAUAAUGUUAGGAGGUGAUAUUAUGAGUGCUACUAAUACUAUUCUUGCUGACUCCACUAUGAUUUGGCGUUGUUGGAUAGUCUGGGGCCAGCAAUGGCUUAUUGUUCUGCCUCCUAUAUUUUUUCUUGUUUCUGCAAUUGUCUUUUAUGCUUGUGACAGUCCUAUGGAAGGUUACUUUGACUUUCUAGCAGCAAUUGCAAAGGGCAUUGCUCCUACUCUUCUUGUUGCACAGGUUGCAGCAGGUCAUGCUCAUCCAAAUGAUUCUUGGCAGGGAAGCACUGUAUCAAGCUCACUUCACUUUGGGACACAUUCUGGAGGUCAUGACUCCCAGCAGGACUCCAUAAUCAAUGGUGACCUUGAAGCUCAGCAGAUGAUAGAUGAUGAAUAUGGCCAUCACAUUGCAGUGGAAUCCCAGGAAGAUAUUGGUAUCAACAGUGAAGAGGGCAUCAUCCAUGGAGACUAUAAUGGGCUUGAUGUGUUGGAGAUACAAGUAUAG